AGCAAAUGUCUGCACAUGACAGUGUAAUUCCGGAGAGUCCGCGGGCCGUCCUGGAGGCGAGUCAGGAUGGCGAGUCGUCAAGACCAACAUUCAUGUCAGGCAAAGCAAACCGUAAGCAGACUUUGAAGACUCGGCUCGCUCACCACUUGCAUAGAAUAGAGCAGCACGGCGAAGACUCGGUCUCGUGCCCCUUGUGGUUUUUCAGACGGCCACCACAUGCAUGUCACUCGAGUGUUUGCUCCUUCAUGUUUAUCAUCAUGGCGUAUUCAUUAUUUCUUCAUGGUUCAGCCGUGCGCGAAAUAGCUAUCAGCUAUGGACCAGCAGAUGCCUGGAAGGAAAUAGUGGUCGAUGAAAACCUGGCCGGCAUGUCGCUGAUCUCGUACGAGCUGCCGAUAUUUUUGGCCAAUAGUCGCCACUACUUGGAUAGCCGGCCUCCGGGGUUCAACGGGAUCAUCCAGCAGUACGGCUGCACCGGCGUCACGAAGGUCACGGACGCGCUGAGCCGCCGCAGCUCGGACGUCGCCUUCGGCCAGCUGCUGGAGGACUUGGAAGACUUCCAUCCCUGCGGGUUAGUGUCUAUGUCCAUUUUCACUGACCAAUUUAGGCUGACGCACACCGAAGGUGGCAUAGUCGAGGUUGAUGAGACAGACCUAGCUUUGCCUUCGGACUCGGACUUGUACGAGCCCUGGAUCGUGCCAGUCCUUGAGACCAAUGGCAACAGCACAGUCGAGAAGUUUCAGGUGGAAGGUGUUCGAAGCUGGAUACCAGAUCGAACCUUCUUGGAGCACCUGAAGGUUUGGUACAGAACGCCAGUCGCGCCCUACGUGCGGCAUUUGUGGGCGAGAAUCCCUGGUGGGCUUGUUGCCGGUCGAUAUAACCUCACCUUCCCGGUGAACAGUCCCAUCUGGACGGAGAUGUGGGGUUUGGAGGCCAAGCGGGUCAUCUUCUCCCAGAAGUCCCUCAGCCACAUGGGCAGUCCUGGGGCGUCCUUCACCUUGGCGGCGCUCUGCUGCAUCGUGGCCUUUGUGGAGUUUGUGGUUGCGCUAGCUCUGCUCGUCGGUGGCAAGGCUUCAGGUCAGAGGCGGGCUGCCAUCCACCCGGACUGAGAUAGCUGGGACAGCCGAAAGCCCUCGCAGUGCGGACAUUUUACAUCAGACAGGCAGUGGGCCACAAACUGUGAACCUUUUUGCCGCUGUUCUGUUUCAAGUCUCACAAAUCAACGAGUUAGAGUUAGGCACUCCCAAAUUGGGAAGCCUUAGCUACUCCACUGCAAAACCGAUCAA